UCGCGCGCGCCAUACCGGCAAGUCGCGCGCAAUGCCGCCGCGGCUCUAGCAACACCUCGACGCAUAAACGCAAACAAACAAAGGAACGAAAGCAAACGUGCUAAAAUACGAGUGAGCGAUAUUCGACAGUCAUGCCGACUGCCAUUAUCAGCGGAUGCUGGUAUUUUUUGUGCUGUUACACGAUCACUGCUGUCAUCGCAUUAAGAGCCAAGGAGAUCGGCGAGGGCAGGCCCUCAUCGUGUAAUAUGGUGUUCAAUAGCGACACAACAAAGUCUGGUCUGGUCACGUCACCUGGUUACCCGAACGCGUAUCCAGCAAGGACAACGUGUACAUAUGAUUUCCAAGGACGCGGUAAGGAGAGAAUUCAGAUAAUCUUUCAAGACUUCGAUGUCUAUCGAUCUCCUGAUGCCCUGAAAGAAUGCGAGUCGACGGAUUCACUGGUGGCUUACGUGCAGAUAGAUGGAAAAAUGGAAAAGAUCGACUCGUUUUGCGGCGAGUCACCACCAAGGCCAAUCAUGAGUAAUGGACCAAGAUUAUUCCUAGAAUUCCGUGGGCUUACCUCGUCGAGACAUGCUCGCGGUUUCAAGGCCGUGUACUCGUUCACGGAAAAUUUUGGAAUAACAACUGGUCGUCAGGAGUCGUCGUAUCCGUGCGCCUUCGUGUUCAACAGCAACGAGACGCUCAACGGUACGUUCACGUCGCCUAAUUAUCCAGGCUUCUAUCCACGUGACACAGAGUGUCAUUAUUUCUUUAACGGCCAGUCGAAGGAGCGCGUUCAUCUUCAUUUUUACUACUUCGAUGUAGAAGGCGUUUUACCGUGUGAUGCAGUAUCAGCAAGUGACUAUGUGGACUUUUCGAACUAUCUGUCGCGAGACCGCAAAUACUCGCGGCACUGUGGCCAGCUGACGGAGUUCGACGUCGAGUCGGACCGCUCGUUCUUUCGUGUGACAUUCAAAAGCAACGAUCGACUCGACGGCACGGGUUUCAACGCCAGUUACAUCUUUGUCAGCGAGGAAGACAGCUACACCGUCAGAACACCUCUUAGCACUGCUACUACCAUCAACUUCACAGACUGUUGCUGCUGUUACUUGCUAUUGCUACUGGCAUUGCUGAUACUAACACGACCCUAGAGGAAUGGAGGUGAUGGAGGAGGAAGGAUAUCCCCGAGAACGCUGAGCCUGUAUACAUACGUAUAAAUAGUGUAUCGAGAGAGGAAGGGGCAGGAACUGCUGCGGUUUAUUUGCUUUUCGUUCGAUAGGCUUGCUUCAAGACAAGUCUUCGUUACAGGUAGUCUCUGUAUGUACGUCUCAAGGAUAAAUGUUGCGUUUGAAUCUAUUGUUAUAGUGUGGAAUAUUUUUAAUUUAUUUUCUUUUUUUUUUCGUUGACUAAUUGGUUGUGACCUGUGAUUUUGUCAUUAUGCACGCCGGUUGUUUACUAAUACUACGAGCAAUGUUGAAUAUUUGAUCAAGCUGCGACGAAUAAGCUACGAUUGUUAACGCGAGGUUGCGUUUUUCAUUUCGCGCAUCAUUGCUACUUGACAAUUUUACGAAAUGAAAAUUUUGUCAUUGAUUAUUAGAAGAAUAUUUGCGAUCGGGCUUAUUAUAAGAACAUUUCGUUAAAAAUAGAUACGCGAAUGAGCUUUGAUUUGAAAUGACUCGGGGAAAAUGUUAGGAAAAAUGUUAAAGUUGAAAAAAAGAGGAGAAAAAUUGGAAUAUAAAGUCAGUCGCGAUGGAAGUGUGAACCACUACUGUUUAUAUAGAAAUGAGUGUUAUAAAAAAGACAAAUAGAAUGAGCGUGUAGAUAAAUAAUAAUUCAAUCUCAUUCCACUGAUAUAUUUUCUUAUAUGAAAAUAACGCAAUUGAAUUUUUUGCGGCGGCAAACACCAUAGAAAAUCGUAUCCUACAAAGAGCGGAUUAAGAAAAAGAAAAGUAUGUAUCCAUUAGUUGAGCAGUAUCUCAUUUAUCGACACAUUAGAAAAAAUAAAACAACUGUGUUAUUUAGUGUUAGUAUAACUACAAGCAUCACUUUUUGAUAGGGUGGGAAACUUUUAUCAAAUCAAUAAUUGCACAACUUUAUUCAGGUUCUGAAAAUAUUUACAUUUUAAUGCAAAUUUACAAAGCAAUCGUUUUUCUGCAAAAGAUUUUUAAUGUAUUUAUGGCAACUCGUCAUCCCCUGUAAAAAUCCAUAAUGUAAAAAUAAAUUUUUAAAUAUAUGAUCAUUUGUAACCCUAUAUUUUAUUCUCAUGACACUGUUACCGUCAGCAGUCUCAUAUAUAUAUGUGUGUUCAAAAGAAAAAAUGAUAAAAUAUCGGUCUGUAACAGAUGUCAUGCACAUUAAAAAAAACUCAAACUGCAGAUUUUAAACCUCGAGCCUAAUGUAAAAUUAUUUACUGAUAUCCGCGUAAAAGAAAAUUGAAUAUAGAAAAAGCAUCUUUGCAGAUUGAGCUUCCCACAUCAAUUUCGAACUUUUUACAUUCUCUUUUUCUAUAUCACAGCUAUAAACCUAUCUAUUCACGGGAAGGGAGAAAAAAGCUCCUUUUAGCGAAACCCGACAGCGCUAAUAACGAUACGGAUUCUUCGAGAAGCAAUCGCACCUACGCUAUUUGCAUGUGCGCGAGCUGCACACAAAGUUCUGUCGCUGUGAGAAAAGUCGACAUCGCGCGGAAAGAAAUCAAUCAAUCUUUCUGCACACACGUAUAUACGACGCAGCUAUGCUACCUACGUAUUUACUGGGGGGCGAGAGGGGGGGGGGGGCGCUGAAUUGAGAGCUUCGCACACCCUUUGAAAGACAGCUCGUAUACUUAUAUUGCGCAACUUCUUUCUAGAAAAUAUGAGUUUCUUCGUUGUUACUUAUGCUGAUGAGACUGUUGCUUUUAUAAUACAAACGUUAGUUAUUUUUAUGAAAAUUUUUAACUUAUACCGAAAUAAAGCCUUGUCAGAAAAACAUCAUCACUCAUUAUCUUCUGAUGCACCAGAUACAUACGUUUCAUAUAGUUAAUGUGAAAUAGAGCGAAACUUUGUACACUAUGACUUUUCGUUUUCAUACAUUAAUUAGUAUAUCAAAUAAAACUGAUUCCCUAAUAUUAGGAUAACCGUUAGGUAUUUUAGCAAUGCAAGGAUGAAUUGAUAAAUACCAAUUUAAAUCGAGGUUCAAGUGGAUUUUAUUUGAAUAAUGUAAGCUACCCUAAAUAAGUGCUUAUUUUAUAAGAGAUAGUUUUUUGAUUCUUUACAAUACAUUUUAGUACUGAUAAAAGAAGGUAUCAAACUGUAAAAACCUGAUACUUUUAUACAUAAUAAUAUUUGAGUAUUAAACUUUCCGAAUAAUUAGUAAGAUAUCAAUAUUAACAAAUUUAAACUAAACUAUUUUGAAUGAAAAUGAUAUUUUUGAAAACUGUACACCAAUUAUGUACAUAUAAUUAUCAUUUUUUCUCCAAACUUUCAUAAACUGACGAAAAAGGAAAUAUCCUGAAGUAUUUCAUACUUUAUACUGUUUAUAACCGUAUAGUAUUUAAUAUUUUAAUCCUUAUGAAAAAAGCACUUUUCAAUAAAUAACUACACAUAAAAUAAGCACCACUACUAUUCUAUGUUAUUUGGAAUUGAAGUAACAGACUUUCCUCUAUAUUUUUAUUGAAAGAAUAAUUAAAGCAAGUUAUUAUUAAAUUCAAAUUUAUGUCGACCGCUCGAUAUCGAUUCACAAUUAUUUCAGUGAUAGAAACCUAGAAAAUAUAUUCAGAUUACCAUCCUUUUUGUAUAAAUUAAAUAAAUAUUUAUAAUAGUUUCUUCACAACGAUAAUUCCUAAAAGAUGACUUCAUUUUUUUGAGUAGAUAUAACAACUAUACGAGUAUAUUUUUCCAAUAUAAAUCUCACAUAUUAUACCUAUUAAUUUACUUUUUCAGUAGUAGAAAAAUAUGGAUAAAUGAAAAAUUCUACCAAGCAGUUUGUCAUUUGUCAUAUAUAAAUCAAUUGAAUCAUAUGAAAAUAUCCAAGUUCAAUUGUUAUGCGUGCAUUUCAUUGUUCAAUAAAAAUCUGAAAAGAGUUAGGUUUUGGUUCACAAAUUAUAUUGUUUAUUCACAAAGUAAAGCUAAAACAUUUGUUUGAAAAUAUGAUGCAAGAGACAAUUGUAUGUUAUAAGUAUAAAUAUGUACAAUAUUCGACAACGUAGAUGUAAAAUUGAAAAUGGAAAAUCGAUUGAAUGUGAGAGAGAUAUGGGUAUACAUAAUAUACACGUCGAGCUUUUCCUGCGUUGAAACGUGCGCGAGUGUUAGGCGGAAAAAUGCGAGAACCGUUCGAAUGCUCUUUUCUUUUCUUUUCUCUCGACUGCGAUGCGCGAGUGCAAGCGUCGAUAAAAUUUAUAAUAACGACACCAUUAAAAAAGGAGGAAAGAUUUAAAAAUGGUACGAUUGUUAAAAGUAUUGUAAAUAGUCAAAAGAGCGAAUAUUUCGAUCAUCUGUCACUGUCACCUUACACGAAAGAUUGUCAUAAACUUUCAUCCUGUAUCAAUUACGUGCACUAUUCAAUGAAACCAAAAAACUGAUACAACGGAUUAUUCUUUCUUCCCAGCUCCCUCUACAAUCCUGCCAUAUAUACCAUAUUUUAUACUUUAUUUUCAGAACGAAUUGUCGAAUUUUCCCCUCCGAAAAUACGAGUUGAAAUUUUCAAGAUUGAAUCAUCGCUGGGAAAUUCAAAAGGUACAAUAAAGUUCAACGACGCCGAAAGAUACAUUUUAUCGGAGUGAAGCUUGAUAGUUAUCGACUUCGACGACAGAUUUAUUGAAGCGAUCCAGUGAAUAUCGCGCCGUAACUCAGCUAGAAUAGAAGCGCGUC